CCCCUAUUCGGAGUCAUGAUCAUAUAUAUACUUAAAUUAAUAUAUACCCAUAAAGCCUUUGCGUGGCUCAUUUCCUACUUGAAAGAGUCCUGGUGCAGUCGUAAAAUUGAACCAUCGCAACAUUAACGCAUGAUUUAUACGAUGCUACGGGUAUUGUCAGGAAUAUUAAUAUGGAGUGUAUUGAGUCCCUCUGUUCGUGCGAUUGAUAUUUCAGAAUGCCCUGCACCCGAAUUUUAUAAGUGCAAAGAUGGCCUCUCCUGUAUAUCAUCUUUUUUCCUGUGUGAUGGAAGCUACGAGUGUGAGGAUUUUUCGGACGAAACUAACUGUUCAAAACCUAAGGAACGAAAGCUUAUUUGCGAUAAAAGUGAAUUUCGGUGUCAUGAUAAAUUAUGCAUACCGGAAGCUUGGGUGUGCGACGGGAGGGAUGAUUGUCUGGACGGAAGUGAUGAAAGUUUUGGAUGUAGUAUUAAUAAAACAUGUUCAAAUUUUCGCUGUCAAAAUGGUGGCUGCAUAAUGAACGAGUGGGUGUGCGAUGGUAAUAACGAUUGCGGAGACAACAGCGACGAAGUACAUUGCGAUAAUUCAACGGUAACCCGUAUAGAAUGUACUGCUGAGAAUAAUCGAUAUCUCUGUAAGAACAAGAACUGCGUCAUGUUAUCACUGGUAUGCAAUUCGGCGGACGAUUGCGGCGAUAACUCGGACGAAGAUAGUGUAAAGUGCGAUAGUGCUGAGAAAUUAUGCUCCGUCAAUAACUGUAGUCAUUUCUGUAAAAGAACACCAAACGGUCCUCUCUGUUACUGUAGAAACGGAUACAAGCUCGUCGGCAGUAAAAUCUGCAUCGAUAUCAACGAGUGUGAGAUUUAUGGAAUUUGCGAUCACGAGUGCGUCAACUCCCCAGGAUCAUUUCACUGCACCUGUCAGGCCAAUUACACAUUGCAAGACGAUAAGAGAACUUGUAAAGCUGAUGCAGGAGAAGCCAUAAUGGUCUACUCUACAAAAAGCGAAAUACGUGCCCACUAUCUUCAAUCGAACGUUACUUUCCCAAUAGCUCGAAAUUUACAGCAUGUCAUUGGCGUCACUUUAGAUGCUAAUUUCGUUUACUGGGCAGAUGCCGAAGUAGGAGACGAAGCUAUUGUUAAGAGUCCAGAUACUGGUGGACCAAAAACAGUGAUCGUAACAGCUGGUUUGGGUCUACCCGAGCAAGUAGCAAUCGAUUGGAUAACUGGAAAUAUCUACUUUACCGACAGCUAUUUCAAGCACAUAGGAGUAUGCAACAAUGAUGGGUCUUAUUGUACUGUGAUCAUCACGGAGGCUGCAGAUAAACCACGAGGAUUGGCUUUACUCUCAAUGAAAGGCGAAUUGUAUUGGAGCGACUGGGGCUUGCAGCCUCAUAUAUCAAAGGCCGGUAUGGAUGGUAAAGAUGGUGAGCCAUUUAUCACGGAGAACUUAGUUUGGCCGAAUAGCCUGACCAUUGAUUAUCCUAAUCAGAGGCUUUACUGGGUCGACGCCAAACUGAAAAUCAUCGAAUCCGUCGGACUCAAUGGGAGGGAUCGAAGAGUCGUACUCCACGCUGCUUUGGAACAUCCGUAUUCUUUAGCGAUUUUUGAAAAUAGGCUUUACUGGAGCGAUUGGCGUUUAAAGCAUAUUCAAUCCUGUGAUAAGUUCACUGGCAAGAAUCAAUCUGUUUUGAUCAAACAGCGUGAUACUAUUUAUGGGAUUUAUAUAUAUCAUUCUGCAAUUCAUAAAAUGACUCGUAAUUUCUGUAAGCAGAGUCCAUGCUCACAUCUAUGCUUGUUAGCACGUAAUGAGAAGUAUUCCUGCGCUUGUCCGUUAGACAUGAAAUUAAGUAGCGAUAGUCGCACUUGCACGGAAGAGGAAAAACAACAUCAGUUGUUUAUCGGAGCUAAUUAUAUGGUCAUAGAAUAUUACCAUGCGCUCCUAGGAAAACCUAAACUCACGACAAGUUUGACGAUGACACAUAUUACGGAACUUGCGUAUAAUUCACUUAAAGAUACGAUAUUUGUGGCUGACGGGAUUACCAAUACGAUAUAUGAAUUUAAUCAACGCAGUGGAAGUAUGGACGUGGUAAUAGCCGCUCAAAGCAGUCGAAUCGGUGGAAUGGAUUUUGAUUAUUAUGGAAACAAUUUAUAUUGGUGCGAUAUAAAUCAUCGAACAAUUCACGUUUAUAAUCUCAACACUCAAACGUCAGUGACAUUUAAUUAUUCAGAAGAGCCGAGAGACAUACUUCUAAUUCCUGAACAUGGGAUAAUGUACGUGGCAUUUGCCUCAAGCAAGAAAGUUCAUAUUGAUAAGAUGGAAAUGAAUGGAGCCGGUUCGAGAACCCACGUGAUAGAAGAUCGAAUUUUGGGUCCAAAUGUAGCCCUUACGUACGAUCGAACUCUGGAACGUGUAUUCUGGGCAGAUCGUGGAACCGGUAGAAUUGAGAGUACAUCCUGGGAAGGUACUGAUCGUCAUUUGUUUCGAUCUGGAUUGGAUGGGUUAGUGGACAUUACGAUUAUGAAAUCAGAUAUUUUCUGGACCGUUCAUGGUUCUUCGAAAUUAUUUUGGGCGAACAAGAAUGGUGCGAUUCCUGGAAACAAAAAAAUUACACUUGAUAUAGGUAAUAUUAACGGAGUAUCACUGCCGAUGCAUUUAGUAACCCGUAACGAAGUUCACGGUCCCAAUAAUCAUCCGUGCAGUAGAAACAAUGGUGGAUGUACUCAUGUGUGUCUUGUAUUACGAAACAAUUAUAUGUGUGCGUGUCCCCCAGGAAUGAUUUUAAGCGAAAAUAAUAAAGGUUGUAAAGAAGAAGUGCUGUGCAGGGAUAAUCAAAUGGAGUGCAAAGGGGAUAACAAAUGCAUUUACAAUAAUCAAUGGUGCGACGGACAGCAAGAUUGUUCAGACGGCGAGGAUGAGAAAAAUUGCACUCGUAAAAUCUGCAACGCUAAUGAAUUUACUUGUAAAAGUGGGGAAUGCAUAGCCGAGGAAAACCGAUGUGAUUCGAAUUACGAUUGUAAAGACCGAUCGGACGAAGCAGACUGUACGAAGAAAGCGUGUAAUGAGGAUGAAUUCACAUGCGCGUUCAGCGGAGAGUGCAUCUCAAAGUAUCUCGUGUGCAACGGACGUGCGGAUUGCUCAGAUUUCACCGACGAAAGUGGCUGUAACAAACAUACGUGUGACCAGGAAAGCUUCAGUUGCACCGACGGAAGUUGCAUUCCAAUAUCCUGGAAAUGCGAUGGAGAGGCUGACUGUAUGGAUGGCUCUGACGAAGGAGCUCAUUGCCCGUCGAAUAUCUGUUCUUCAGAAUUGUUCACCUGUUCGAAUGGACACUGCAUAGACAAAUCAUUGGUCUGUAAUAAUCUUAAUGACUGCGACGAUUAUUCCGAUGAGGUCGAAUGCUCCGUUGAAGAAACAACUAAAAUCGAUGGUUGCACCAGCGACCAGUACCAGUGUUUUGCCACGGAUAAAUGCAUACCUGAGAGUUUAAGGUGCGACGGGGUGCAGGAUUGCCCUAAGAAUGAUGAUGAACAUCACUGCGGGGGAUGUCGAGUCGAUGAAUUUACUUGUGAAAAUAUGAACUGUAUUCAACUAAGCGGAGUGUGCGAUGGCGUUGAUGAAUGUGAUGAUAAUUCUGAUGAGAAGAAUUGCGAUCAUCAACAUCCUGGACAUAUUAAUGGCGUCAAUAAUACUGUCAGCCUUCUCCAUUGUGAUCAGUACACAUGUGCCACCGGAUCCUGUUUGCCAUUUAAUUCUGUUUGCGACGGGACACCCGACUGUUACGAUGAGAGUGACGAAGGCGGUGUAUGCGAAAGCGCAUGCGGAUUGUUUGAUCCCUGUGAACGCAUCUGUCACAAAACACCGGCAGGCGCUGUUUGCAGUUGUCCCGAAGGAUAUCGUCUUCGUAACGACGGCACAUCCUGCGAAGACAUUAAUGAAUGCGAGGAACAGGCUUGCACUCAGAUUUGUCUGAAUUUACCAGGAUCAUUUUUGUGCUCGUGCUUCGACGGAUAUGUUUUACGUAGCGAUUGGGCCACCUGCAAAGUCGAUGGUCCGCCAAUGGUCAUAAUUGCAGCAGCGAAGGGGACAGUUAUUCGAAAAAUAAAUCCAUCAUUACAUCUGACGCACGACCUCUUUUAUGAUGAUACUAUGAAUAUUACCAGUGUGGAUGUGGAUGCUGCUCGCAAUACGAUAUAUUGGAGCGACGCGCAUUAUGCAACGAUAAACAAGAUGAACUUAAAUGACGAGGGACGGAAGACGAUACAGAAUAUCGGUCAACCGGAAGUACUGUCGCUCGACUGGAUAACUGAUAACGUGUACUUUUACGAUACGGAAUCGCUAUCAAUAAAAGUCUGCCAUUUCAGUGAAGAAAAGUGCGCCAAAGUAGUAGCCAUCAAUGACAUGUACAAAGUGAAGGCACUUACGGUCGAUCCAAUCCACGGGUGGAUGUUUUGGGGUCAAACGCUCUUCAGAUUGAAUGGUGCAAUGAGUGAAAUAUACCGUGCCGAUAUUAAUGGCUUGAGCGUGACUGGGAUUGUUUUAAAUAAUCUUGGAGCCGUUAAUGGAAUAACUAUUGAUUAUUUCAGAUCACACUUGUACUGGGCAGACUCGCAGAGAGACGUCAUCGAACGGUCGGAUUUGAAUGGUGUAGACAGGAAGAUUUUUAUCAGGACGACUGCACGCAAUUACCCGUAUGGCUUAAACAUCUAUGAGGAUUCCCUUUAUUGGCUUAUCAAUGGUUUGAACUUCGUGAAAAAAUGUUCUCUACACAAUACUACCGAUUGUCAACAAAUUCGACUCAGUUCAUACACCGCGAAACAUAGCUUUGCCAUUUUUCAACCAUCCCGGCAACCAAGUGUGGAAAAUGUUUGCGAGGGUCACAAGUGCGACUACAUGUGUGUCCAAAGCAAGAAGGUUAUGUGCCUUUGUCAUUAUGGCGUUUCACCGUAUAAGAACGCAUCGUGUCCCGAGAGUCCUAAUAUGACAAUGGAGAACAACUGGAAAAUCCUUGAUAAGAAGGUACAAAGUAGUGAGCGCGAUGGUGGAACCUUCACUGGAAUAAUACUGACGGUCGCCAUAGGAAUUAUGAUACUAUCCGCGUACUACUAUUAUCAAAAGAAAAAAUUAACUCUGCUGAGAAAGACUGACGUGAGCAUUCAUUUUCAAAAUCCAUCGUUCGAUCGUGCCAAGGACAUUGAGAAAGCAAAUCCAACACCAAUUUUGAUUCCUGGAGAGCACGAAUACAUCAAUCCAACGGUCGACGUACAGCCCAAGGUUAACGAAAAAAAAGAGAAUCACUUACGUAAAACAAUUGAAUUGAUGAAUUCUGAUCAAUCUGAAAGUGAAUUCGAAGAUGCAACGUAUUCUCACGACGUCCGUCUGAUACGUUAGGUCACGGGGAGUUUAUAAUAUUUGUAUAAAAAUAUUUUCACAAGACUGGGCAUUAUUAAUUAUUAUAAGCGGUAUACACGCGUGUAUAUAUAUAUUUGUUUUUUUACACUAUUAUAUUAUGUUAUGUAUUAUUUUAUAGAAUUUUAUUAUUGUUGUUAUUAUACUAUUUCAUACAAAAUUCAAAUAAAUGUAUCUAUCAUGAGAAUUAA